CGACAGGCGGAGAAAGCAUAUAUGGUUCAAAAUUUCCAGAUGAGCCGAAAACAGACAAUCAGCUUGGGCAUCAUGAAAGAGGUCUUUUAUCCAUCGAGACCAAUGAUCGCAAAGAUGGACGUUCUCAUUUUGUCAUCACCUUGAAACCUGAUGAUAACCUUGACAGGACUCAUGUGGUCUUUGGGAAGCUUAUCCAAGGGCUUGAAACACUUGCGAAGAUUGAAAGAUAUGGUCCCUUCAUGCCUAUUCAAAUAGUAGAUUGUGGUGAAUAUAAUGGAAAUGACUCCGAUGCUGAGGACGACACAGGAUGCUCCUCGUUUGGAAGACUCAAUGAAGGGCAAUUAAUAGGGGAUGAAGACGAAGACAGAAGGUUCAAAUCACAUCCAUAA